CUAUCAUUGAUUUCCGGGACAAGACGACUAAUCAACGGGAGUCGAGGAAGAAUUGAAGAAGAGAUACUACGACGACGUUGAGUAUCAAAGACCGUUCGCGCCGCCGCCUCCCACCGCCAUUGACUCCUCCAUUAAAGGCAUUGUGCAGCUUCACUACUAGUUUAUUGGGCAGUCAUGGGUGAUCAACUCCCAUGAUUCUUGAGCAGUGCUGUUAUUUGGCAUCACUGAGGUCUGACUUGUGGCAAUGAAUCCCCAAUCUUCUGAAGUACCAAAUCCUCAGCCUGUCACAAAUGGCACUGUGGAUUCUGUGCCACCUAAUCCAGCACAUGAUGGGCCUUCUAAGCUAUCCUCUUGGGCUAAAAAUUUGAAAAUUCCGCAACCGUUUGUGGGACCACAGGGGGAAGAAACAUCAGGAAAUGUGGCAAAAUCACCCUUUGCUCGUUUUACUAGUGGGUUAGGACUGAGUUUAUCUCCAAAGUCUCCGAAAGAUGAUAAUUCAGAGGGAACAGCAACUACAUCACCGUCUGGAUUUAUUGGUACAUUCAGAAAAGGAUUAGUUGACUCCUCCAAGAAUGCAGUGAAGGCUGUGUCGAUUAAGGCUCGACAUGUUGUGUCUCAGAACAAAAGAAGAUACCAGGAAGGAGGAUUUGAUUUGGAUUUGACGUACAUCACAGAAAAUAUUAUUGCUAUGGGCUUCCCUGCUGGUGAUAUGAGCUCUGGAUUUUUUGGCUACGUUGAGGGGUUCUACCGAAACCAUAUGGAAGAAGUGAUUAAAUUCUUUGAGACACAUCAUAAGGGAAAAUAUAAAGUAUACAAUCUUUGUUCCGAGAGAUUGUAUGAUGCAUCACUAUUUGAGGGAAAGGUGGCUAGUUUUCCAUUUGAUGAUCACAAUUGCCCCCCUGUACAACUUAUACUAUCAUUUUGUCAGAGUGCAUAUUCAUGGUUGAAGGAGGAUAUUGAAAAUGUCGUGGUUGUGCACUGCAAGGCGGGUAUGGCAAGGACUGGUUUGAUGAUAUCCAGUCUUCUUCUGUACCUAAAGUUCUUUCCAACAGCUGAGGAAUCUAUUGAUUACUACAACCAGAAAAGAUGCAUUGAUGGAAAAGCCCUCGUUCUGCCAAGUCAAAUUAGGUACGUCAAGUACUUUGAACGUAUUUUGACAGGCUUCAAUGGAGAGAACCAGCCUGGGCGGAGGUGCAUGCUCAGAGGUUUUCGGCUCCAUAGGUGCCCUUAUUGGAUCAGGCCCUCCAUUACGGUCUCUGAUCAUAAUGGUGUGCUCUUUUCGACCAAAAAACAUCCGAGAACCAAGGAUAUCUCGCCUGAAGAAUACUGGUUCAGUGCACCAAAGAAAGGGAUAAUGGUUUUUGCUCUCCCUGGGGAGCCUGGCCUUACAGAAUUGGCUGGAGAUUUCAAAGUCCAUUUUCAUGACAAGCAAGGAGACUUUUACUGCUGGUUGAACACAACAAUGAUUGAGAACCGGAAAAUUCUGAAUACGGCCGACCUUGAUGGUUUCGACAAGAGAAAACUGCCCUCGCCUGGUUUCCUAGUGGAAGCUGUACUUGCGGACUAUGAUGCUGCUUUUCCCGCAACUCCUCAACCAGAAGCUACUGGUGUAAAAUCAGCUGACAAUUCGAGUUCCAAAACUACCUCUUCUCCCAGUCCGGGCUCAGCUGAUGAAUCUGCAGCCGACUCAAACCAACAAUCUGCAAGCAACAAGAAAGACGAUGUAUUUUCAGACAACGAGGCUGAAGAAAGCGGAAAAAGGAAAGUUACAGCACCUUCUGAAGGUGUAGAUGCUGAAGUCUCGGGUUCUGGAACUAAUACUGGUUCAACUCAAAUCUCGAGUUUGACACACAAGGUGGAGCAAAUCUCAAUGGAAGAGCCCGGGGCUAAACACAACGAGCCAAAAAAGGAUGCCGCUGUUGGAGCUGCACCAGGCAGUGACACCCCUAGUUUAGCAGAAGUGAGUGAUUUCAAGGCCAUGGCUGCUGAUGCAUCUGUGUUUACAUUUGGAGAUGAAGAGGAUUAUGAAAGUGAAUAAAAUGGCCACAUAUACGAAACUAUGUACAGAAAUAGCGCAGCUCACACAUGGUUUAUAUUGGUUUAAUCUGAUGGAACAACAAAUCCUGUUUCAUUCAUCGUAUUCAAAUGUAUGAUCAUUGGACCAUUUUUUUCUUGCAUUAUUAUCUGUCCAGAACUUAGUAUGAGGAUUGCCAUGGACUUGAAAAUUUUAUGAAAUUGUUAACAGGAUUUAUGAUUUGGUCA